AUGGGAGGAGGCGGAUCACGUCCUGAAGAGCCUGAUGCUCAGACUCCGAAGCAGGCAUCUGAGUCAUCGUCGUCGACUACAUCACCAACGGAAAAAAAGGAACAGUAUGCUCCUUCUCCAGCAGCGCCGGGUGAAUCUCCACCUGCGCAGGAAUCGCCUUCUGAAGGACCACCACCAGGUGCUCCGGCGCCGGAUUCCGGUACGGCUCCUGCAGGAUCUGCUGCACCAAGCACACCAGAAGCAGGAGAGGUGAUAAAAGCCGAUACUCCAACAAAAGACGUUCAAACGGCAAUGUCAAUAAAAGAAAAGCACGAAGAAAAAGCGAAGGCAGCACCCGAAAAAAAGGAGGAACCCGCAAAAGCGGAAGUACCUCCCGAAAAGAAGGAGGAAGCUCCUCCCAAGAAAGAAGAAGCUGCACCCAAGAAAGAAGAAGCUGCACCCAAGAAAGAAGAAGCUGCACCCAAGAAGGAGGAACCUCCUCCUAAGAAGGAAGAAGCCGCACCUAAGAAAGAGGAAGCUCCUCCUAAGAAAGAAGAAGCUCCUCCGAAAAAAGAGGAACCGAAAGAAAAGAAAAAGCCAGGCUCGAAGGAAAAGGUCGAACCACCCCCGAAAGAAAAGGAUGUCCCCGCUAAAAAAGAAGCGGGAGAACCUGGUCAGAAGCCAUUAAGGAAAGGCUCCGCAGAGCGAACACAAGGAACAGGACCUGAGAAAAAAUUGUCUGCUGAGAAAGUGCCGGAGAAAAAAUCAUCUGAUGAAAAAGCACAAGCGCCACCUCCCAAGAAAUCCGCAAGUGCUGAAACGACGAAGACACCUGAGCCUAAGACGAAGUCAGUCAUGAAAGGCGUGGUACCGCCAAAACAGAUUCCGAAGAAAGGUACGAAGAAGUCAAACGAAAGGAAGACAAAAUCCAAAAAAAAGUAA